GCUGUGACACCGCCUUGCGUUGAUGACGCUUGCCAUCGGGAGACAUUUGGACAGCCUAUGCAAGCCAUAUAGCCUGCUGAGCAACAAAUGGUGCGUCUUUGCUGGAGACCUAACGCUGGAGUUAGGAAGAUGUUUCCGCAGACUGAGGAGGUUUAAUGAUCCACUGCAGAGACUGCUGCAGGGGGGGGGCAACCCGCGCGCCAUCAUCUGUUGAUCGGAUUGGAGACAAUUAAGCGCAUUAUCAUGAGCCACCGCGGUCCGACUUAAAGGUGAAAUUCGAGGAGAGCAAAAUGAUUCCAAAGUCAGGAAAAGCUCCGGCAGACUCGAGGAAAAGUGUCGGUAUCCAUGAGUUUGCAGCCCUUGCCAGGUCUUCCUUAAAUGGUAUCUCUCAGGCAGUGAAGGACCAUGUAACGAAGCCCACCUCCCUGGCUCAGGGCCGGGUCGCCCACCUUAUUGAGUGGAAAGGUUGGCCCAAACCUGCGAACCCACAGCCAGCCGCCCACUUUAGCUCUUACUGCCACCUGACUGAAGGAGAGAAGGAGGCCCGGUUUGCUGCAGGAGUGGCUGAGCAGUUUGCCAUCGCUGAGGCUAAGCUGCGUGCCUGGGCUUCUGUAGACGAUGACAACGAGGAAGACCCUAACGAGGAAGACUCCUACACCAACGGACAGAAUCAAACCGCCUCCAACCAGAACGCAGACGUGGCCUCGUCCAAUCCUGUGAGCAGAGCGCCGUGCCAGCCUGAGGUUGAUGGCGGCGAGGCACCGCCCUCCAACAGCCGCAGCGGCGGGUGCAGCCUGCUCUGUGGUAGGCCCGUGUCUUACAAUGACCCACAUUCAUCCCAGACCAGUUCACCUACUUUAGCCAGCGACUGCAUGAGUCUCUUCCUGGAGAAGGAAGAGGAGCGAGAGAGGCUGGGUGGUCACGUGGAGCAGGAGCAGUGCAGCGAGGGCUGCAUCCACAACAAGCCUGAGUGGAGGCCUCGGGCCAGGAGCAGCAGGUUUGACUCCUGCUACUCCACCUCUCACUCUGAGUCUCCUGAAGAGGACGAGGAAGACGAGGACGAGCAAGGCAGCGUGUUUCAUGAGUUUCGAGCGUGGCAUUCCAGCCGGAGAAGCUUCUUCUCCGACCGGGCUUCCUCUGGCGUUGCGUCUUUCGAUGAAGAAGAGAGGGAUGAAGUAGAGGAGAAGAAAGAGUAGUUGAUGUGAUGUGUUGUCUAUCUUUGUCUUUUUGAGUCCGUGGUGAUUCUGGAUAUGACAUAAUCUAUUCUGCUUUCACUGUAAACCUCUCUCCACCUCCUCUUCUUCCUCUGAUAAUCUCUUCUCCACUCGCUGCCUUCUGUCUCUCAUCCUCUAGGCCUUUCAUGUACUGAUGUGUAUACAGUAUAUCGGAGAGUUCAAUCAGAACGAUUAGCUGUUGUUUAAACUUAGGUUUUGUACAUUUUUGUGAAGAGUCAUGUGUUGCAUUGGUUUUCUAUGGAUAUUUUGUAUUGUUUUUCUGGGUCAUGCUGUGUCGUGAGUCGGGCUAUGUUUGAUACUGAAUGUCUGAAUGUCCUGCUUAUAUAUAAAUACGUUGGGUUUUUU